AUGACUGAAGGCAGAUUUUUUGGUGCCGACCAAUUCAACCCGCGACUCAUCACUACCCAGAUUGUGGUCAUGCAGAGCUCGUUUUGGUUUUGCCUCGGUGCAGCCGUUGCUCUGGCAGAUUGGCUCUGCAGCGAAGAACAAAGUGCAGCGCAGUUGUUUCAGCCUGAAGCAUAUACCUGGAGCACAAAGAGAGGACUGAUUCUGGCUUUGGCGCUGUGGUUCACUUCAGUGGUGAUGGCUGUGGAGUUGCGUUUCGUCGUCCAGCGAGCAAAGAAGUGUCUGGAUUUCGUGACGACCUACCACUUGUUUCACUUGUUAGCAACAUUCCUUGCUGAAGGCUUCCCGGCAAAUAUGGAAUGGUGGAUCAUCCAGCUGCCUGCACUUCUUGUUGCAGUUCUGCUGGGGGAGUACCUAUGCAUGCAAGCUGAAACGCGGGACAUUCAGCUUUACAAGAAGCCAAAGGUGUCCCGGCCAAGCUUUGAUGAGAUUUGA